AUUGGUGUUUAUAUAAAGUCGGGUUGGAGCCAAGUCUUCAAUAGUUAGCUAACUGAUAAGUUCCAGUGAAGAGCCACCAAGCCAAAGUAAUGCAUAUCAAAGCAAUUUUGACCGUGUUAGCUGUCCUGUGCCUGACUUUGGUCGCUGGACAACAUAGCAACUGCGAUGAAUUAACCAGGAGGUGUGAAAGAUGCGUGGAAAGGCUGAACAACCGAAAUGAUCGUGAGAUGCCUGUCCUGAACAGACAUUGCAGGGAAAGGACACAAAGGACUUGGCGCUGGAGGAAUGUGGGACGUUGUGAGCUCACCAGCUCAACUGCCAGGGUAAGUUUGGAAUAAAUAUGAAGGUAUCUAAUUUGUAAUUGAAACAUUUUCGCCUUAGGAGUUGAUCGUCGCAUGAAUUGUAAUGACAUCGCUGAGCUCGCCGGCAUGGAACGUAUUAAUUGAUUUCAAUUGAAUAAA